GGUUGGUGGUGGAAGAGGAAGUGCAACGCUGAUGUUGCUGUGUUGCUAUUUUCUUUUCUUUUUUUUUUCUCUCUAUUUGUGUUGUUUUCUUUUGGUUUUGCAGGUUUGAGGAUGUGAUUUCAGGUUUCAACGUGGUUUGACCCGUAAGCCUAUGGCACUCAUCAAGAAGCUCCGCAAGGCAAAACGUGAGGCACCAGCUGGUGAGAAGCCGGAACCUGUGAGGACUCACCUCCGUAACAUGAUCAUCGUGCCUGAGAUGAUUGGUAGCAUCAUUGGUGUCUACAACGGAAAGACCUUCAAUCAGGUUGAAAUUAAGCCUGAAAUGAUUGGUCACUAUUUGGCUGAAUUCUCAAUCUCUUACAAGCCUGUUAAGCAUGGUAGACCUGGUAUUGGUGCUACUCACUCCUCAAGGUUUAUUCCUCUCAAGUGAAGAUCAUCAUCAGAGCCCCUCGAUGGAAAGCUAGUUCGUCCAAUUGAUUAUGUUUAUGGGUUUAUGGGCUAUAAUAUACCAGUUCGGUACGUAUUCUACGAAUCCUAGUGUUUUUGGACCGAAACUUACGAAACAACGCGUAUUCGAAAUGUGAGUUAUGAAACGACAA